CACAAAAUAUAAAACAAACUUUAAUUCUAUAAUGAAAAUUUGCAUUUAAAUUAAAAUGGCUUCUCCUAAUAAAAUUUCUAAAUCCAAGAGAAAUGUAGAAAAACUUCAACGAAAAUACUUGCAAGAACAACAAAGAAGAAUCAAGCCCGGUGAAUGUAUUAAAUACAUUAAAUGUGUGAUUGAAGCAUACUCAUUAAAUUCUUGUCUAAUUUCUGAAAUUCGACAGCAGUUAGACAGCAACAACAUAAAAUAUUUAAUAAAUUACGACAAAGUUGAAAGUAUUAUCUUUUGGGAAAGAUCUGAUCAACAAACACUUCUAACAACAUCAGAAACAUUGGUCUCUGAGAAAUUCACCAGGGAACCUAAUAUUUUGCACAUCAUUAAGGCUGAAGAUUUUCUUGAAGGAGUUCAGAGUAAAAGUAUAAGACAAAAUACUGAAAAACUUAUAAAAAAGUUUCCAAAUUCAAUUGUCACAAUCAUUAUAUAUGGAAUCAAGAAUUUUAAUACAAAUCCAAAUAAAAAAGAAAUUGAAACAGUACUUCUAGAAAUUCAAAUAAAAUAUAAUUGUUGUCACAGGUGCUAUGAAACAUAUACAGAAAUUGCUCAAGUUAUCGUCCAAUUUAGUAAAGCAGUAGCAGAAGCGCCAUUUAAAAUGGAACAAAUAGAAAAAUUUCGAGAUAUCGAUACUUUUCUUUUGAACGAUAAUAAAGAUUGCGUACGAGUUGAAGGGACAGCGGGACUUUCAAGACUUUGGCAGAGUCACCUAACCCGAUUACCAUUAAUAACUUUAGAAGUUGCUGAAACCAUAAUAAAUGAAUAUCCUAAUCCCGCAAAAUUAAUCGAGGCAUACUCCAAUACAACAGAAGAAGAAGGUAAAGAUUUAUUAAGUAAUCUAAAAAUUCGUAGAGGAUUUGGGCCAUUACAAGCAAAUAAGAGACUUGGACCCGAAUUAAGCAAAAAGAUAUACAUUUUAUAUAAUAGUUUAAAUUCUACCGAUACCUUGUGACUGUGUUUUAUGCUUAAUGUAUAAAUAUUUUAAAUUUGAUGAAA